CAAUUGUUCGAAGGAGAAAAUGAUGCGGGAGAAGGAAAUACAGUGAAAAAGAGAGGUGUUUUUUCUUUUUGAAAUUUGAGAUUACAAACACACGAAGUGAGCUAAGCUUCUGAUUAUUUCGAAAUCAAGUGGAGUUCAGCUCUCUUUGAAGACUCGAAUAUCGCAAUAAACUGUGAAGAUUUGGGGAUCAAAGCUCAAAGGGUAAAAAGUACCUCCGUUAGAUCUUUACCGUCAAACGAGAGAAUUAAAAAAAAAAUGUCGGUUCAAGAGUACCUCGACAAGCAUAUGCUCUCUCGCAAAAUCGAAGACGCCGUCAAUGCCGCUGUUCGAGCUAAAACUCCGGAUCCCGUCCUCUUCAUCUCUAAUCAUAUGAAAAAAGCGGUUUCUUCAGUGAUAACGAAGGUAAAAGCUCGGCAGAUUCUCGAUAGUAGAGGGAUUCCUACUGUUGAAGUUGAGUUGUACACUAACAAAGGGGUGUUCCGUGCUUCUGUUCCUUGCGGCGACUCUACUGGAAUGUAUGAGGCUGUUGAACUGAGAGAUGGAGAUAAGGGAACAUACCUUGGAAAUGCUGUAACAAAAGCUGUUAAGAACAUCAAUGAGAAAAUAUCUGAAGCAUUGGUUGGUAUGGAUCCAACAGUUCAGCUUCAGAUCGAUCAGGCCAUGAUAGACUUGGACAAGACAGAAAAGAAGAGUGAACUUGGAGCAAAUGCUAUAUUAGCUGUGUCUAUUGCUGCAUGCAGAGCUGGGGCUGCUGAAAAGGAGGUUCCACUUUACAAACACAUAGCUGAUCUUUCUGGUAAAACGAAUGCAAUCCUUCCAGUCCCUGCCUUCACAGUUAUCAGUGGCGGAAAACAUUCUGGAAAUAGUCUGCCUGUUCAGCAGGACAUUAUGAUUCUCCCAACAGGAGCAGUCAGAUUUGAGGAAGCUUUACAAAUGGGCUCUGAGACCUAUCAUCACUUGAAGGCUGUUAUUACAGAAAAAUACGGUGCAAAUGGGUGUAAUGUUGGUGAAGAUGGUGGCUUUGUUCCUGACAUAUCCAGUGUAAGAGAAGGAUUGGAUAUUGUCCGAGAAGCUAUUGGCAGAACAGGGUAUAAUGACAAAAUAAAGAUAGGAAUUGGUGUUGCAGCUACUGAAUUUUGCAUAGGUACAAAGUAUGAUUUAGAAUUCAAAUCUCCAAAUAAAUCUGGGCAAAAUUUCAAGUCAGGAGAGGAUAUGAUUCAGAUGUACAAAGACCUUUGCAUUGAUUACCCAAUUGCUUCUAUUGAAGAUCCCUUUGACAAGGAAGAUUGGGAACACAGCAAACGUUUUUGCGGUCUUGGACUAUGUCAGGUGGUGGGGGAUGACUUAUUGAUGUCAAAUCCAAAGCGCAUUGAGAGAGCAAUACAUGAAUCUGCUUGCAACUCUCUUCUUCUCAAGAUAAAUCAGAUUGGAACCGUGACAGAGGCUGUUGACGUGGUAAAAAUGGCAAAGGAAGCCCACUGGGGAGUGGUGGUAUCUCAAAGAUUUGGGGAAACUAAUGAUUGUUUCAUUGCGGAUUUAGCAGUCGCACUUGGCGCAGGUCAGAUCAAAGCAGGGGCUCCUUGCCGAGGAGAGCGAGUGGCUAAGUACAACCAGUUGCUUCGCAUCGAACAAGAACUCAGUGAUCAAGCAGUGUAUGCGGGCGAAGACUGGAGAUUAUAAUGUAAGUUUCUUAUGGGGGAUUAUAUUUGCCAUUUUCUUCUUUUCCCUCAAUUGUUUGAGGCCUUGAAAUAGUUUGUUGAAAUGUAUUAAACAAUUUGUUGAAUUUUCCAGAUUUCUGCUAUUUUUUGUUUUUGACUUUUCAUAUAAUUCACUAAUAAAUCUUUUCAUGUCUUUA